AUGGCCGGACCUAAACGAACUAAUUCAGGUGCACGCGAUGCGUUUACUCUUAUAGAUAUAGUUCGCGUGGUAGGUGGUCUACUUUUUCUCAAUGCGUUUUUCUCGUGGUGGUUUACCUCGACUUCGACAUGGGGCUAUAAUGGAAAAUGGAUAAAUACGCAAUACUUGAAACAUAGGUUGACAAAUAACUAUGUUAAUCUCACUAUAGAUGAAUUGGCAUUGUACAAUGGAAGUGAUAUGCUGUUGCCUAUCUAUAUCGGUGUGAAUGGAUACGUGUAUGAUGUUACAGCUUCUCGUGGAAUAUAUGGUCCCAAAGGCUCGUAUUCGAAAUUGAGCGGAAAGGACGCAUCAAGAUUGUAUGUGACAGGAUGUUUUAUGAAUCCUGAAGAGUACACCUAUGAUUUGCGUGGAUUAAAAGAGGAAGAAGCAAAACAGGAACUCAGCGAAUGGCAACAAUUCUUCGAGGAACAUCCCAAGUAUUGGCUAGCAGGCUACGUUCAACGACCAGACCCUGUAGGAGAACCACCAGCUCCGUGUGAGCAUAUCAAGUUUCCAGGUCGCCGUACAAAGAAUGCUGGCAAUUAA